GUUUAUACAGCUUGAUGCAGAUCGAGAUGAAGAGGAAGUCUUCUGUGACAUCAGCAUGACAGUCGACAACAAAAUGUACCCCACCAAAGAACCUGUGGCAGGACCCAGUGAGCUCGACCUCAGUCUGUUAGCAGACAGCAGCAGCCUGGCAGAUGUUCCCAUCAAAUUUGAUGAACAGACUGAUGAAGAGGUGGCUGGAUAUGCAGAGGCGACUGGAGAAAGUUUUCCUGUGGAGACCAAGAAAUCAAAGGUCAUCUUUGUGAUUGGUGGGCCGGGAUCGGGGAAAGCUCUCCAAUCGGAAAAGAUAGAGGAGCGGUACAGUUUGAAGCGCCUGAGUCCUGGGGACAUCCUGUGCAGCGAGUUGCAGUCUCACAGCGAGAGAGGACGGUUUCUCCGAGACCUUUUGGAAAGAGGAGAGCAGCUUCCCGAGGACACGCUGCAGGAUCUAUUGUGCGAGGCUAUGACUUCUACUGUGCGUCAAGGGAAGGGCUUCCUGGUCACUGACUUCCCAAAGAAUGUGAAGCAGGCACAAGAGUAUGAAGCCAAGAUGGGGCAGCCCGACAUAGCUCUGUUCCUGGAAUGUUCUGCAGACAUCAUGAGUCGAAGGCUGCAGCAGAGGGCCACCUGCAGCCUGCACACUAAAGAAGCCCGAGACAGAGACACUCGCCGUAGGGUGGACGGAUUCUGCAGCCUGGUCAAUCCCCUGGUCAGUCACUACGAACACAGAGAAGCUCUGCACAAGAUUGAUGCCGAGCAGCCCCCAGAAGAUGUCUUUGAGCAGAUCUGCCUCGUCUUGGACUCCUGCUAGAGAUCUUGGUCUCGCAGUGCCUCCUGGAGGACAAAACGAUCACCUAUAGCUCCACUGCAGACUGACUUCGUUACACACCCCAGUUCAUCACAUACACACACACACACCUGCGAUUACAGCUUCUGUAUGGCACAUCCACUUGGAAAACUACCAACCAGUAACUGGCACCCGUUCAUUUCACACCAUCGUCGUUCACUGUAAAUACCAGCUCAAUAAAUCAACAGUGUUUAUCUCUUGGUAUUGAACCUGUAUGCUUAAGCUAGCUUUCAGCUCCAUAAAACACAGAGGGUUAUUUACGACAGUCUGGUGCCGUUUCUGUGUUUUUGGUCGUUCAGUCAGUAUCCUUGAGCACUGAAAUCAGCAAAACUGAUAACCAUGACAGACUGGCCCACUGGAGAGCCUUUUUAUAUUUUAACUUCAUGCUUUAUAUCGCGCCAAGCAUGCAAGAAUAGUGAUUUAUUGUAUAGUUGAAGCAGAAAUAAAUGAGCUGGAGAGAGAAACGUUUUGAAUUUCACAGUAUGGCUUUCACGAGUGCAAUGAAUGGAUGAUUUU